UACAGAGUUGGUGCUCGCUACGGUUUUCUACUCUGAAGCUCAACGUGAAAAGUAACUUUCCGUGUUGUUGGCGUCGCGGUGUUUCGGGCUGCGAGGGGCCCGCUGUGUGGCGAACAAGUCGGGGAGGUGGGGGAGAGCGGAGUGGGAGGCUGGCUGCGGCGGCGGCAGAUGGGAGCUAUUCACGGGGAGCCGGCGUGUUCGGAGUUUACGACCCACAGGGCUUACUUGUGUCCGUGUGUGUGAGCCCGGUCAACCAGCUCCUCUUAUCAGGGAGGGAAACGUUGGCGAAGCAGACAGUCGGCAGACGGGGCGGCCGUUCGUCGCUGCUCCGCUCCGGCGUUAGCUGCUUGAACUCGACCGCUGUGUCAGGGAUUUACCGGCUGGAUGUGGACACAGCAGAGGUGGAAAAAUAACAUUUUCUGAAACGCAGCGACUCUUAAACGUGUGCUGUCUUCAUACAGAGAGCCAGUGUCAGGACGCUGCUGCUCCAGUGAAGACCUCGUGAUCGGAUGAAGAAAGAACCACUGACUACCAGUAUGGACCUGCUCCAUCCUCGAGCUUCUAACAAUCUUUAGUUCUCUGUGGUGUUCAGAUCUGCAGCUGAGUCUACUGAACUCUGAACCGUGACCAGCACCAGUCUAUGACUGACCUCCUGCCAGGUGAUCUGUCUUGUGCCACGAUGAUGUCAGUAGAUGUGACCAAUCGCAAUGGGCCUGCUGCCACGCCUCCCACCUCACUCAGCCUUCGCUCCUCACACAACCAGCUACUCAGCAGCGAUGUCAUCAAACAGGGCUCCGCCACGCCUCCUAAGUGUCGCAAAAAGUAUGCACUUACCAGUAUCCAGGCUGCCAUGGGCCUCGGAGAAGCCGUGCCGCCUUCAUCAUCGUCACCUUCAUCAUCCCCAUCACAGUCUUCUACCCCCAACAAUCCCAAACUAGCCAAGAAUGGGGUCAACCAGCUUCGUAAAGCUGGUCAGGACCACAACAAAAACACAACCGGCCCUGACUCGAUGGACCUGGAGUGUAAUUCAGAAACUAUAGCAGAUGACCUUAAUGUCAACACAGCCGAGGAACAAGAUAGUCACACUCUUACCAAUAACGACCGAGAGGAAGACGUCUUUGAGCAGGACGUUGAACUUCAACCAGAUACUAGCAGUGACGCAGAACCUGAGCAGAAAACAGAAUCAGACACAGACUGUAUCACGAACCCAACUGCCGAGCUGAAAAUGAACAGCAGUGCAGAAGAUUUGGACUUUGACUUGAACAUUGAGACAGAGGAGACCGACGACAUCAGCAUUCUGUCUGAGAAGGAAAUAUCAAAGAUGAAGACUGAGGAAGAUGAGGUGGUGGAGGAGCAGGAAGAUGAGGAGAAUAAGCCUUUGCUGGUGAUAAAAAGUGAGUCCCCUGUGAAGAACCACAAAGUUUCUCCGGGCCUGGAACUCAUCACUGACCUCCACUCCAACCUCAAGCUCCUCACAUCAGGCAAGAACUCUCCGGUGCCUCCUCCUCCUUCCCCGCCCCGGCAGGCCAGCCCAGAGGACACUCCUCUGCUCUCUGUGGCCUCCUGCCCCUCCUCUUCUUCCUCCUCUCCAGAGACGAAGAAGGACAGAAGGACUGGCGCAAAGACAGAUUGCGCUUUGAACCGCAUCCAGAAUCUGAACCCUAGUGAUGAAGAGUUGAGCUGGACUACCCUGUCCCAGGAGAGCAACUCCCCAGAGGAGACAGAUAUCUGGAGUGAACAGUCAUUCCAGACAGACCCUGACCUGCCUCCAGGAUGGAAGAAAAUCACAGAUAUGGCCGGUAUCUACUACUGGCACAUCCCUACAGGCACCACCCAGUGGGAGCGGCCUGCCACCCAUCCAGCUCCCCCUGGACAGACGGAAUCCCCGGCCCUGGGAGACCACACAGCCUCAACACCACGUAAACACUCCCUGGGCUCGCUCAGCCCCUCACCCACUCCUGACCAUGAGUCGUGCCAGGCAGAGGUCUUCUUUAGGGCUUCGACUCGCUCAGGCAGCACCACCUCUGACAGUUCAGUGGAGCCUCUCUCCACUCAUGAGCCCAUCCUCCCCACCUGUGGAUUUGUCAACAGCUGCUACUUUCCUCGUUCCACAUCUCUGCAGGGAAUUUCAGAUCAAGAGUGUCGCUCUCAUCAUGAUGAUGAGGACAAGAAACAGGUGUGGAGUGAAUUUGGCGGAAAAAUUGAUAGUGAAGUGUGGAAGGACCUGCAGGCGGCCACGGUGAACCCUGACCCCAGUCUGAAGGAGUUUGAGGGUGCUACACUUCGCUACGCAUCACUCAAGCUAAGGAACCGUCCAGCUGUGGAAGAAGAGGAGUCCAGCAGUGUCAACAGUGACCCAGAGGCAAAAUGUUUUGCAGUGCGCUCUCUGGGUUGGGUGGAGAUGGCAGAAGAGGACUUGGCUCCUGGAAAGAGCAGUGUUGCUGUUAACAACUGCAUCCGACAACUGUCGUACUGCAAGAAUGACAUUCGAGACACUGUUGGCAUCUGGGGAGAGGGGAAGGACAUGUACUUGGUGCUGGAGAAUAAUAUGUUGAACCUGGUUGACCCAAUGGACCGCAGUGUGCUUCACUCCCAGCCAAUUGCAAGUAUCCGGGUCUGGGGCGUUGGCCGGGACAACGGCAGGGACUUUGCAUAUGUGGCGAGGGAUAAAAACACCAGGAUCCUGAAAUGUCAUGUGUUCCGCUGUGACACACCAGCCAAAGCCAUCGCCACCAGCCUGCAUGAGAUCUGCUCCCGGAUAAUGACAGAGCGAAAGAAUGCCAAAGCGAUGGCAGGAGGCUCUCUCCAGGACAGGAUGCAGGCUGGACUAGAUCUCCCCUUACAAGCAGAGUUCCCCACACCAAAGACAGAGCUGGUUCAGAAAUUUCAGGUACUCUACCUUGGGAUGCUUCCUGUGGCCAGACCAAUAGGUAUGGAUAUACUGAACGGAGCUAUAGACAGUCUAAUUGGUUCUUCCAACCGAGAGGACUGGACUCCUGUGGCCCUAAAUGUGGCAGAUGCUACGGUCACCAUCAGCAAAGACAAGGAUGAAGAGGAAGUGCUGGUGGAGUGUCGUGUUCGUUUCCUGUCUUUCAUGGGUGUUGGGCGCGAUGUGCACACGUUCGCCUUCAUCAUGGACGCUGGCGGCCAUCGUUUUGACUGUCACGUCUUCUGGUGUGACCCAAACGCAGGGAGUGUAUCUGAGGCUGUGCAGGCAGCUUGUAUGCUGCGGUACCAGAAGUGUCUGGUGGCCCGCCCCCCCUCCCAGAAGGCCUGUGGCUCAUCACCCCCCGGUGACUCGGUGUCGCGUCGGGUCUCGACCAGCGUGAAGCGAGGCGUCCUGUCUCUCAUCGACACCCUCAAACAGAAGAGGCCCGUCACCGAGUUGCCGCAGUAACCAUGGCGGAAAACACUCGCCGGCGCUCCACCACAGCCCCCAGUCACCAUGGCAACUCGUCACAUCGCUGCCAAAAACCCGCCGCCACCACCACAGUAACCAUGGAAACACAGCAAACCCCAGGGUUUGGGGAACCCGUCACGAUUCCUUUGCUUUUUGGGAGCAAAUUGGAAUUCCACCUCAAGAGCUCAUUGGCCCUUGAGCAGCAAUUCAAGUCUGUUUCCUCAAAAUAACUGAGAUGAUUUAAAGACUCCGAACAGCCACGAGAAACACCUGAAUGAUGGUCGUGAAGGCGGUCGUGUACAUAUAAGUAACUCUCAUCCCCCUCAGCACCAAGGAGCGAGGAGAUGAGCGCACACAUUAAAGAAGCAGGACGCGCUCCUUCAAGCACAACACGUGUGAUGAGCGAGCUCACGGCUGCCUGAACUGCUGAUCUCUCCAUGCUCUUAGUGUAUUUGUGUCUGUGCCUGUGCUGCCAGCAUGACCUUCCACUCCUGGCCACACUCCCCACCAUUCACCUGGUUGUCUUGUUAGUCUGUAGUGGCUUUCCUCCCCCUCUGGCCCUCUUUCUCAUUAUCCUCAGUAGACUGUGACAGUACACAGAUGAAAGAAAGGAGUCGUGAAAGCCAUCGAGUCUGAUUGUUGCAUUAUCAGUAAGCAAUGAAUAGAAGAAAGAAGGAAGCUGCUGCCAACUGAAGAGAAAGAUUUGUCAGUCAGUCUACAUCCUCUAACCCGUUCAGCUGACCCUGCAUGAACUUUUUAUCUAAAUGUGAACCAUUCUAUACAAUAUCAAUACACUGCUGCUGCUUUUAGAGACUGAAGGGGUGAAAAAUCAGAAGCCACAUUGAUUGUUUAUCUUGUCUUCUUAGUUGUUUUUUUUUUCCGUUUCUCGUCAGCUGUGCAAGAAUCAGCCCAAACGAGCGGUGACCUUCCACCCGAAUCAUCCUCCAUAUACUUAUUGUUUACGUUUUUAUUCUUCUGUUGUCCCUCGGAAAAAUGACAGAUGAUAGCCAUAACGGAGGCAGAGAGAUGGGGAUGGACAGUUUUGACCCUCUCUCCUCUGCUCGCCUGCUCUCUGGUAGCCAGUAAAAGACUGCUGCUGCUGCUGCUGCUCUUUGAUACACAUGCUGGAGGAAAUUUGACUGACUAUUCCUUUAAAUCUCACCUCAGAGCCGGUCAUCAAAGACUUCAUGUCCACUAAUUAAAGAGGAUCGGUGACAUAUACAAAGCCUGAAGGAAUAGAAAGAAGACUUGCGGAAUGUGUUUUUAUACCUGGGUAUGGUUGCGAUCAUUUUUUUUGUCCACAGCUGAGAUCUGAACUGUGCAGAAAUGAAAGAGAGAGAACGAUUUCAUCUUCAGCUUUGGCUGUUGUUGAGAGGAGAAGCCAACAAGAGAGACAUGUUGACUCAAACUAACAGGACUUUCCUGGGCUGCUAUCUAUCUGUCUCCAGGGUUCUGUUCACUUGAAUGCGCCUUGUCUGUUUUCUUACUUUUAUCAUCAGUGCCACGAGAUCACUUGCUUUUGGUCUUUUUUUUUUUUUGUGUGUGUGAAAAUUUCUCCUACAGAUCUCAAUCGCACACCGCUAGUUCCUUAUUAUCACACAUCUGAUGAGUGUGGAUGUAUGGUAAUAACUAGUGAAGUCUUUCAUUUCACCUGAAAUCACAAACGCGUUUCCCCGUCUGAUCACAGCCUGUCAAGCUUUCCACAUGUUAAAACAGCUUUUACAUGGUUGCUUCAUGUACAAGCUUUGUUCUCGACAGCAUAUCAUCUGCUUGAUUAUCCUCACUGUGUAGAAGAAGGUCCUGAAGGCUGCUAAAAGUUAAAGAUUGUCUCUGAAAGCCUUCACUGUAGCUUUGGAAAUGAAAACAUAUACUGUUUGAAAAUAUUAACGGUAAGAUGUAAAUGUAACUUGUGUCUUGCUAGUCCAAGAAACUCAACUGUAUGUUAAUUAAGCAGCCUGACACAGUCUGACUGCACAUUUCUCAUUAUUGUAGUUACCUAUUUACUAAUACUAACACAACCAGGCUUUACACAACAAUCCAAGAACACAAUUUAUUUCUGUCGUCUUAGGAUCAUUCACUGGUAAUGUCUAAACGCCUACUUUCUGUCUUUCAUCCUGAUACCAAGUGCUAAUUCAAAACUUUUUUUUUUUUUUUUUACACAAGAAUCUGUAAUUUCUAAAUUUUUUUAUUAUUUUUUUUCUUGCAUUUAUUGCCUUUUCCUGACCGCCACAGUGGAAAGAGACACAGGUGUUCCCAGUACUGGAAAAAAUGUUGGCUUUAUAUGCUAAAGAUAUUUUACUAUUUGUGUUUUUAAUUUGUUUCCACAAUUUUUGUAUGUGCUCUGUGUAAACACAGCCUGCAUUUCAGCCAAAAUAGUUCCAUAUUUUUGUCAUGCGACUGCUGGCUUGCAUCAGAGUCACUAGUUGCUCAGAAUCUGGUGAAUGCAAAUAGUUUAUUGUGGGAAAAUGUUUGAAUGAGACUUGUCGAACAAAGUGAUUUUUAAGAAAUAUCACAAUUUUCAGAUUUGGUGAACCUUCCUAAUCGAAUGCCACCUCACAAAUGAAUAGUUCAAGGGCUGUCAGAAAGUUCACCAUCUAAUGAUUCUCUCUGUUUUUACAGUGUCUGGCUUUGAUAAAUGGUGUCAGUUCUUUUUUAAAGACAACAUGCUUUUUAAACCCACCAGCAGGUUUUGAGGUUCAGAGGGUUACAAAUGACCACAUUAAAAUGUCAGACAGACAGUGUAUUUCACCAACUCGUUUACUAAGUUACUUUGCAAGCUGAUAAAAUCUGAUUGUGACAUUUUUGAUUUUAGCCACCCAAACUAUAGGUAGCUGGUUAGCAUGAGAAGCUUUUUUGUUUACGUCAGUGUUAAAUGAAAGAAGAAGAAAAAAAUUUUUGCAAAUUGCACAUUCAAGUGAUAUAUCAGCCACUUUUACAACUGUAAUCUGCAUAUGCACCGUGUGAGGAAGGAAAGCUUGACAGGCAAUGCAAGAGCAACUUAAGGGGAUGUUUUGCUUUGUGAACAAAGUCUUAGACAUCUCGGUGCAUCUUGCUUGUUGCGUUGCACCUUGUUGGUGAAAUUCGCAGUGAACAUACACAAGUUAAAGGAGCUAGUUUUGUAAAUGGAGAUUCUGAUGAGAAAAUUCAUCCACGUCACUUUCUUUUGUCACAGGGAUGCUGAAAUGUGAAUGAGAUGACAAAUUCUGUGUGUAUAUAAAAACCCAUUUAAUGUAACAUUUGGCAUUAAUCAUUGUUAUAAGCUAUCUUUUCAUUUUUGAAUGUCUUUAGUUUUUCUCUUAUUUCCUUGUAAUGAAAUGCCUUUUUUGAAAACUCACCAAAUGGCCAAAGUGUAAAAUACUGAUAUACGUCGUUGUAGAUAAGAAAAAUAUGUGAGCAAGUCAUGAAAACAGUAGAGGCGAUCGGAAAUUUUCACAGUCGUCAAUUAAGUUGAUACUGAAUUUAACUGAGCAAUUAUCUAUGCAUUCUUUUGAUCUGGAGAAAUGGAAAAUCAUGAAAAGCCUUGCAUGCCCUUGGAUGGUUGAAAGAAAGACUGUAUGUAUUGAACAGAAAUAUUUUUUAUUUUAUUUAUUCUAUUUUAUAAAGGUAUAUACUGAUUUUAUUAUUUGGGGCAAGUAAAGUCUCUUGACUCUGUGUCAUUGUCUCAGUCCCCGGUUAACUCACAACGCUACAACAAGCUCCGCUUUGCAGAAAAAAGCAGAUAAAGGAAUAUAUCUUCACCUUGUACAGUGCACUGAGAGCUGGGAGUCCGCUGCUGUCUUCAACACUAAGGAGGAGGAAGAUGAGGAGGAAGGUGGCAACAGCAGUGGACUCCCGGUGCCUCUGUCAAGCUCACACAUGAACAACAACAAACACACACACACUCCAUUUCCCAUAGAUGGAUGUGUUGGCUUCCGUUUGCUGCUCACUGAUUUGUACACUUUAUCAAUGUAACCAAUUGUGAGAAUAAACGGCAUUAUAAAACACCA